AUGUUAUCGAGCAAUGCUCGUUCUCAACUUUAUGGUGAUGAAGACCCCUUUCCUGUUGUGAAUUCAGAAGAAGAAAUGUCGACGUCAUUAGCUGCCGAAACCAAGAAGAAAAAGAAGAGACUCGUGAAGGGCUCUGAAAAGGAGCCAAGGAAGAAAGCAAAGGCCGACGUCCUCGUUACAAAGUCAGCAGUGGAAGAAGGGAAGAUUGUUCCCCCAGUGACCGAGAAGCCCAACGUUCCACCUAUGGAGUCUGGGCCAAGCAAUAAAUCGCCUGCCAAGGACAAAGGCAAAGGCCCUCUCAAAGAGGAGGAGAUCAUUUUACCCUCCCAUCUGUUCGUGGGAGGACCAACCGUGGCCGUCCAUGCAUUCGGCGAUCCACCAAAAGGUGAGUGCCCCUUGCUAGAGGAAUUUGCCGCUCAGUUGACAAAGUCCGACAGCGUGAGGCUGUGUGCUGCUUUCUUGUUCAGGAUGCUAUCCACGGGUGGAAUGGUGGUGGUUAUUGAUGAGAUGAACAUGGCCAUAACAGAAUAUGGAGGCCAUGGAGUUGCCGUUGCCAGCCUCAAAAGGCUCAAAACUACCUUUGUGGGAGUUUCUUUGUGGGGCCCUGGCCAAGAUGAGCAUUCCUGCUGGGAAUUGUCAAUCCUUGAUGUUCCCGACGAGUACAUUGGUGUGGAGCUUGAGGACGAGGAUGAUGUGGCCUCGGAGGAAAGGGAUAUAGGCACCUCUGGUUCUAAGGACAAGGAUCCUCCAGCCGAGGGAAACUCCCAUGAAGUUGAAAAUACCCAGUUGAGGCAGAAUCAACAGAUUACCAUAUCACCAUCGUUUCUCAAGAAGCAUCACGUACUCGCCCGAGUACAGCACAUUAUCUCGAUUAGGACUCACCGAUUCAUUUCAGCAAUGGAUAUGCUAAAAGGGAGAACUCGUGAAAUCGAGCUCCUUAUGGAAUAUAUCAAUGAGAUCCAGAACUUACUACUGGAUCACAAUAUUGGCUUUCAGAGCUUUGAGAAGCCCGAGGAGGUGGCAGAUCCUCGGACCAAGAGUUCUCGAGAAGAAUUCUUUUUGAGGAUCCAUGCUCAAGACGAGGAGAUUGUAGAUCUCAAGGACAAACUCAACCAAUGUGUAAACCUCCUCAGCCAACAUGGGUUUAGAGGCAUUAUUCAUCCUUCUCCUGAUAAUCCAAGUAGAGAAGUUCUUGUAAUAGUGUAG